AUGCGGUGCAUCUCCCAGCCAUGGCGAGCUACCACCCGCUCAAAUUUGCUGCCGAUAUCGAGCGUCGUUCGCCAACACUAUGCAUCCUCCUCUCGCGUCAUCGCUCAGGUGCGGCAAGCAUCGACGCGACCGCCUCUACUCGACCUGCGCGCGGCGAAGCUCGGCAGUUCCUCGGCACCUCUCGACUGGACGAUACGCGACGCGGGCGCCGAAGAGUGCUGGGCGAUCAUCGCGCCGGCGUCCGAGCAGGGCGGAGCGGUGCGUCGCGAGCUCAUCGACAUUCUCUCCGGCCGACAACGUCCGCGCACAUCCGAUACCCAACACACACCUCCGCAUCCGUUCCUCGACCCCGGUCGGUCGGCAAUGCACGCGAUCAAGCACGUCUCGUUCGCCACGCAAAUGGGUGCGGGCGGUAGCGGCGAGUUUACCAACUACUCUGCACGGUACGGUGCGAUUCGCGACCAAGACAGGGUGACGCUGUAUGAGCGCCUCAUGGACCUGCUCGACUGUCCCGUCGGCCUGGUCGCAGCCCAAAAGCUCGUCCCCGACCCACUCGAACAGACGGAGCAGGUAGGACGCUUCAAGUACGCCUCUGCUGCACAGCGAGAUGCCGCACUGCAGAAAGCUCAGCGCGCCGACGCGGUGAUUCGGCAGAUGGCUCCGCUGUUGUUGAUCGGCGACGAGCUGUUGGAUCGGCCCGUGAUUGCGCUGUCCAACGGACAGACACGUCGGGCACGUAUCCUGAGCAGCCUCAUCACGGGCGCCGAGCUCGUCGUUCUCGAAGAGCCGUUUUCGGGCAUCGACACUGCGACGCGCACGCGGCUCGGCGAGCUGUUUGCACAACUGCAUGCCCAGCGGCGACCGCGGUUCUUGCUGGUGCUGCGCCAACAGGACGCCGUGCCCGACCUCGUCACGCACGUGCUGCGCGUCGACGAAGGGGGUGCCAUCGUCUCGGUCGGUCAUCGCCACACCACCGAGGCGGCUCAAAGCGGCAAGAGCCAUAGCGGAGUCGACUUGAUCGAAGCGAAUGCAGCUGCCGGGGUGGGGCAGGGCGAUACGAAUGCCCCACCUGUAGUCAGUUUGAAUGGCGUCUCGAUCGUGUACGGCGAAAAGACGGUGCUCGACUCGGUGGAUCUGCAGCUCUACCCCGGUACACGGCUCGUACUCGCCGGCGACAAUGGCUCGGGCAAAACCACGCUCCUUGCGCUUCUGCUCGGCGACCACCCGCGGUCGUUUUCGUUCGACGCCGCCUCGCUCUCGCUCUUUUCGCACGCACGCGACCACGCCUCCAACGCCCGGACGCUACUAAACCGACGCAUUGGUCAUCUCUCCCCCGAACUCUUCAACGCCUUCCCACGCCGGCCCACUGCCGCAGGUGGAUUGAGUGUAGGCGAAGUGGUCGCUUCGGGUUUCGAAAACGUCUUUGCGCGUCGUUCCUACACCGAUGCGCAGAAGGAGCGCGUGUGGGAUCUGCUGGGCCACUUUGGCGAUCUGAUCAAGUCGCGCAGCAGUGGCGUGUCGAGCGAGGUGCGCGCGCUGUCGGGGAUGGGAUUCAGCGAGCUCAGCCACGGCAGCCAGGCGGUGGUGCUGUUCCUGCGCGCGGUGGUGGGCAAUCCGCAACUGCUCGUGCUCGACGAACCGUUCCAAGGCAUGGACCAGCGCCAAGUAGAGCGCACGCGUCAGUUCCUCGACCAUCCCCACCUCUUCCCUCUCGGACCUCCGCACGAACAGCAGGCCGACCUGCAGCAGCGCCGAAACAUGGCCAUGGUCGUCGUGAGCCACUACGAGUCCGAAUGGCCAACGUCGUUCGGCUCGCUCCUGCGCCUCCGAGACGGCCAAGUCAUACAGCGCAUCUAA